GAUAACGAUAGACCCACCCGGUGAAGGUUUAUUUAGGAUCACGUGUUGUGUUUUAUCAGAGUGUAAUUUAUCUAUAUCCAAAUUGUUCUUCCUGAAUGCGGACUACGUGACACAACUGCCGUGUACCUACCCCCGCAAUAAAUAAUUUAACCCGUAGUUAAAAACAAUGUGUGGUGAAAUGUCAUCUGAAGACUCGUAUAAAAAUUGGAUGGGUGAUUUACGACCAGAAUUGACGCGCAUACCACUUUGCUCUCUUGCAAUACCAGGGUCCCACGACUCGGGUGCAUACUGGUUAGACCGAGGUGGUGGAAUUGCUGAGGACGAGCCCUCGGUGGUCCGGACUCUCGCCACCCGCUGUUGCUGUGGUAUCUCCAUUGUCUACCGGUGGUCUCUAACGCAACACCUAUCGGUGAAAGGUCAACUGGAACACGGAGUUCGCUACCUGGAUUUACGUUUGUGUGGACGCCCGGGAAGUCCUGAUGUAUACGUCACCCAUGGCCUCUACGGUCACAGACUUAAAGACAUUCUCGUGGAAGUCUCAGAAUUUCUAGAAGAAAACCCGAAAGAGUUUCUUAUUCUGGACUUUAAUCAUUUUUACAAUAUGACUUCCGUUGACCAUAGAGAGGUUUUGAUCCUUAUUAUCUCAGCAUUUCGCGAGAAGAUUCUAGGUGGGGAUUCUCCAAACUUAGCUGGGAAGAUGACGUUGGAAGAAAUCUGGAAAACUCCAGCGAGGAUGAUAGUGUUUUAUGGUCAUCCAUCCAGGAAUGAAUUCUCUUUCUUUUGGUCUCGGGAAUACAUCCAGUCUCCAUGGGCAAAUACAGACAAUUCGUCAGCUCUUGUGAAUUUUCACGAACGUAAUUACAACCAGAACGCACGGCGAGGAGCCGGCGAAUUUUACGUGUGGCAGGGUGUGUUGACGCCAUCAGCUAAAACUAUCAUAACAAACAUUUGCUCCUCCGUAGAAAGCAAACUUGUCCCUAGAGCAAACCCUGCGUUCUUGGGUUGGUUGAAAAACAAAGUUCCAAGUCAUGUGGGCAUUAAUAUUUGCUGUGUGGAUUUCGUGGAAAAGUAUAAUUUUGUUCCCAAUGUUCUUUCAUUAAACAAGCACAUACAAGUUUAAAAA